AAUUCCUACACCUAACUAACACACAAACACUUCUCAAAGCCCAAACGCCGAGAUCGUCAUUACUAGGAAAUCCAGCUAUGACGAACUCGUAGACAUCUCCCACCGUUUUGCCCACCUGCUCCAGAUCUGACCACCCUCGUUGCCUCCGAUUGUUGUGCUCAAAGUUCUCGGCGCCAUGGAUGCUCUGAGAAAACAAGCCAGUAAGCUCAGAGAACAAGUCGCCAAACAACAACAGGCUGUGAUAAAGCAGUUUGGUGGAACUGGUUAUGAUGGCUCCGAUAUAAUGGUUACCGAUGAGGUCGAGAUGCACAGACAUCAACAGCUAGACAAACUGUACAGGUCCACUCGUUCAGGAAGGGAUUUCCAGAAAGAAGUUGUUAAAGCAGCAGAAGCAUUUACGGCCAUAGGCUAUAAGCAUAUUGAAACAGGAACCAAGUUAUCUGAGGAUUGCUGCAGAUAUGGAGCUGAGAACAUAAAUGAUAAUGUUUUAGCUAAGGCAGCAUCUAUAUAUGGAGACGCUCGUAAACAUGUGGAAAAGGAGCGAGAGGACUUCAACAAGCUGUUGUCUUCACAGGUUUUAGAUCCAUUGAGAGCAAUGAUCGCUGGUCCUCCUUUGGAAGAUGCUCGUCAUCUUGCUCAACGUUAUAGUCGAAUGCGACAGGAAGCAGAGGCACAGGCAGCAGAAGUUUCUAGAAGACAAGUGCGGGUAAGGGAAUCUCCGACUCCUGAAAAUGUUGCAAAGCUGCAUGCAGCUGAAGCAAAGAUGCAUGAACAAAAAGCGAACAUGGCUGUUCUGGGUAAAGAAGCUUCAGCUGCAUUGGCUGCUGUUGAAGCACAGCAGCAAAGAUUGACUUUCCAGAGGCUUGUUUCGAUGGUUGAAGGAGAAAAGACUUGUCAUCUAAGAAUAGCUGCUAUACUUGGUGAGGUCGAAGCUGAGAUGGUCUUAGAGAAACAGCGGAAAGACUCUGCUCCCCCAAUAAUUUCAUCAGAGAAUGGCACAGAAAAAACGACGUACUUCUUGGCUGAAGCAAUACAUCAUUUUUAUGCUGAAUCAGAGAAGGAACUAAGCUUGUCAGUGGGCGAUUAUGUUGUUGUGCGGAAGGUGAGCCCAUCAGGAUGGUCGGAAGGAGAAUGCAGAGGUAAAGCAGGGUGGUUUCCAUCAACAUUUGUGGAUAAGAGACAGAGAAUUCCUACCAGUGACAUCGCUGGUGAAGUUUACUAAGCCCUACCCAAGUAUUCAGCUGGCCAUUAAAUCUAUCGAGCCAAUUUGGGAAAAAAAGACUUGUAUAGAUGAUAGUAAAAAUAGACUCAUUACCAGUUUGCUGUUGAGUUUUUCAGAUCAUGUUGGUUCUUUCUUAUGCCAUACUGUUUCAAAGGCACAAGGCUUUAAAUGUCUGUCUAUGUUCUUUCGUAUCUACUUCAAGAGAAUGGCCAUGUUUUUCAAGAA